UUUUAUUAUUAGCAUUGCAGUCAAGCUUAGUGAUGUAAUUCACUGUAUAAGACCUGUACACGUUACACUGGUGCACUGCAUGGAGGCGGGACAGAGGCACGUAACGAUGCAUAUAAAAGUCCUGACAGGCCAAUAUAGAAACAAUGUAUCUACCCUGUUCAAGCUUUAACCUCAACCUGUCAAGGAGACCUUCCUCACUCAUAACACUACAAAACCUCUUACUAUCUACAAGCGGAGUACCUCAGCAUCGUCCUAUUCCUUUCCCUCUUCAUCCCAUAAAGGAGAACUACCAAAAAUGCGCAAAAUAGAUGUUCUAACAACUGUUGCUAACAAUGGCACAACCAGCUUCACGCGUCUCUACCGCACUAAGAGUGAACGCACACCUGUUCCCACUGACAAAAUCCUCAAAAACCCCUCAGCCUACCGAUUCGUCUUCCAGAACCCACUGGACCUGCACAAGCUCCUCGAAGACCCCGAUCCCGCCAGCGUGGCCAUAUGCCAGGGUAUGAAAAUGCUACGACUGGACUUCCUACAGCCCUUUGCAGAUAACAAGUUGUAUUUCAUGGAAGCCAUGGACGAAGAUGCUAAGAGCGUUGAUCUGCGGGCCCUCAUGGAGAACUGGAGAAAUGCGUGUCGGAAUAUACCAAGGCAGCAUGGUCUCGAGGAGCUUACGUUUGACGUGUCCAGUGCAAAUGAGCUGUGCAAGUUGCGCAUAACUUGCAGAACAAUUCAGCUGAUCAGUACGACUCUGGUUCUUAAGGCCGCACAGAAUUUGCGGUGUUGGAUUCAAGGGGCGGGCAACUCGAACCAUAUGCAGAUGCGCCAUGUUCACAAGUCUCUUGUUAGUCGCUAGUGUUCGGGGUUGGGUGUUGAGUAGUGGUUGAGAUACUCUGGUUGGUCUAGAGAGGUAUUUGAUAUGGUUGGAAGACUCUUGGUGUUAAUAGGUGCUGCUCUGGCGGUCUGGCUUCAGCGAUGGACACGGGACUUUCUGAGAAGUUGUAGGUGUCAUGGAAUAUUUUUAAUUCAACUGAAUGCUAGCA